AUGGGCGACAUGAUCGAAAGCUUUGGCAAAAUCGAGAAAUAUGAAAUCGGUCUGUCGGCAAUUGUUCAUGUUGGAAUGAAGGCCAGUGCGACGAGGCUUAUUCAGGCACGCAACGAUUCCACGGAGCAGACGCGCGACACGACCCUGGUGGAGACUACGUGCGUGGAGAAGAAGCUGACGGCCAGGCACCACCUGAGCCCGUACGAGUCGACCCACGCGUUGACCAGGAUCCGGCUCGUUGUCGGCGACCGGGACGAGAAGAGCAUCGUGGGCUACCACCUCAAGUUCAACAUCUACCUGCAUGGAAACUGGACCAGCUGCCCCUACGGAGACCAGUUCCAGUGCAAGGACAACAAUUGCAUCUGGAACAAGCUCGUAUGCGAUGGCGCGACGCACUGUCCGGACAUGUCUGACGAGUACGAGGCCACGCACGCCGUCUGCAGGAACCCGCUCAACUUGGGCUUGCAAAUUCUGUGCUUUUUCGGAGCCGUCGGGGCUAUUGUGAUCACGCUUCUAACUCUGGACGCACUGGGCCGAUACGUGCUUCACAGUAGAGAGGUGCGCUCGAAGCAGACACGCCGUCCCCACGUACGACCACCGUCGCUUCUUGUCGUGGAGGAAGAACAAGCAGUAGCCCCUGUCCAUGGGGCCCACGGUGCCCCCAUCAACCUGCUGGAUCGUGACCUGGCGCUCUUUGAGAAGCUGGCCGGCGGGGAAUCCCACGAAAAGAAGGAGAAAGUCGAAGGUGGCAAAGGGGUUGCACCGAUUGAAAGGGCACCACGUCUCGGCCUAGCACCCGAGACAUUCUCACCAUAGCACUAGCACCA